AGGGACCUCACUGUUCAGGAACAGCUCAAUUUCGCGUCAGAGAAGCUCUAUCAGCUGAGCCAGCCUUCUCAGGAAGGCGAAGUUACCCCUGUCCAGAAGCGUACACUCAAGUUAGUCGCAACCAUGGAUCGUUCAAGUCUACAGCCUCCCAGCAAUGUGGGCACCAAGGCCCGCGCUAUACAGCAGGCCAAGGAGAUGGAGAAGUUGGUAGCAGAGAGGGCGAAGAGGACAGGAGAUGAGCCACCCCCUUAUGACUUCUUUGAGUUGAUCGGGAAAGGCGCCUAUGGGAGAGUGUUCAAAGGGAGAAAUCGCGCUACUGGCGGACUUGUCGCCAUCAAAAUUAUUGAUAUCGACAAAACCGACUAUGAAGAAAUGACGACGAAGAACCUGCAGGAGACGUUGAGAGAAAUCAACAUUCUUCAGCAGUUGAAGGAUAGCAGAGCUCGGCCAUACGUCAAUAUCAUCGAAGAGGCGCGCACCGUUCACAAUGAACUGUGGAUCGUCAGCGAAUAUGCUAGCGGCGGGAGUGUCCACACACUCAUGAAGCCUAGGCUGCAGCAGUUGAAAACUGGUAUUGAGGAGAAGUACAUUAUCCCAAUUGCUCGCGAAUUAGCGCUUGGCCUUAAGUUCAUACAUGAGGCUGGUGUUAUUCACAGAGAUUUAAAGAGCAAUAAUAUUCUGAUCCUUGAAGAUGGAAGAGUCCAACUUUGCGAUUUCGGUGUCUCCGGCGCUUUGGAACCCGAAAUCACAAAGAGAUCGACGAUUGUUGGCACUCCAAACUGGAUGGCACCCGAGCUGCAGAGGGAAUGGGUCAAAGAUCUGGACCCCAGUAGGGGAUCGCGGCCUAAUGAUAUUCUAUACGGCUCAGAAGUCGAUAUUUGGGCUUAUGGCUGCACCCUCUACGAGAUGGCGACGGGCUUUCCGCCGUUUCACCAGACACAACCGUUUCUACUACCUGAUGCAGGGGUACCUGUCUUGGAAGGGGAUCAAUACUCUGAUGAACUUAAGAGUCUGGUAUCAUUCGUACUUCAACCGAAUCCCAGGGACCGACCAACUCCGGACCAGAUUCUUCAGCAUCCAUACAUUGUCGAUAGUACCAAAAUGCACCCUACUGUCACUCUUGUGGCUCUAGUGGAGCAGUACUACCGCUGGGAGCAGGCUGGAGGAUCCCGCGUUUCGCUUUUCAACCCUUAUGGAGCGCAGGCUCCCGAUCCACUGGCUCCGGAGCCUGAGGAGGAAGAGGAUGACGACUGGACUUUCAGCACCACUGAUGAGUUCGACAAACAAUUCGCCAAUGAACACUCCGAUCCCUUCAGUGGUGGCUCCUCUACAUCAAAUUUUCCAGGGAUGAAUGCACCUCCUGAAGAUGAUUCUCGAUUUGCCAAGCUUCAAGCAUCUAUUCGCGCGGAGCAAGCAGAACGCGGGAAGAAGCGCCUCGAUCGACUCUUCGACACUAAUUCUACGCCUUACAGGUUCAGCACUGUUGAUUCGGAUUCCAAUAGGCUGUCCUCCGAUCUCGUACUGCGCGACUUCAACCCUGGUGCUCCUAACCGCGAGACCGUUAUUGAUUUGGACUUUGCGGCACCAACUGCCGUGGACAUUCCUAGUAUUGAUCUAGGAGAAGUGCCCACUGUUAAAGCAAGUCGUAUCAAUCGGUUGAUGCGUGAUAUGGAUGAGGAAGAAGAGCAGGAGUAUAUCGAUCUUGACAACACUGCGCGGCGAGACACAAGGGAGUGGAAGUUCCCUUCAGCCAUCGGUGAGCAAAGUCCCAAAAGCCAGACCUUUUCCAGCGUGCCUCGAGACAGGAAUAGUCGACGCAAGACUAUGGAAUGGAAGUUCGACUUCUCGCAAUUAGCAGCCGAGCCCGAGCCUCUACCCAAUGCACCCCGUCUCUCCCGUCGACGAGACACUCGGGAUUGGGUGUUCCCUCGCGACACGACUUCUACGAAAGAGACUAGCGGUAGCCAAGACUUUGUCUUUCCCCCUAGAGAAAUCGACGAGCCCUUUGGUUUAUCUUCCGAACCUCCUGAGUUGUCGUCAUCCCCUACCCUUGGCCCAGACCGCAGGCCUUCACUAAGACAUGCAGUCACCGAACCAUACGGUGUAUUCGACGACUAUCCGCCUCUACAACCACCGCCAGACUCUCCAUUACGCACGUCGAUGAUUAACCUGGACGUGGCUGUCGUUGACAAGUUCCGCCCAUCUACUUCCGGGUCGACCUCCACUACGGCUUCCACUUCUAGGGGCCAGGAAAAUAGAAACCCAUUCGAUCUGGAGGACCAGGUCACUCGCUCGGAGCCAAACAAGCGCGCCUCGUAUCACAUGAAAUCGCAAUCGGAGCCUCAACACCAUAUUCCCGGCCUCCUAACCCCUCAGGUCUUCGACGAGCAAGGCAACCCAACCAUACAGGACCACACGUAUACGAGCAUGCAUGCCCGCGGCGUCUCCUCGGUCUCGCAGAUGCAACCCCGUCCCGCACCAGACAAUCUGCGCUACCCUAGACAACGCUCACAGCACCUAGUUCCGCAGUGGGACACAUGGAGUCACCAAGACGCCUUCCUGACGCAAACGUCCUCGUCUCCUGUUUCCGUCUCCCCAUCCACUUCGGUCGAAGAGGAGGAAAGGAUAAAUAUCGAUGACCGCUGGGAUAAACUCGAGCGGCAGGUCGACGCUUUUCAAUACCAGCGUAAUGGCGGUGCGGGUGGAGGAGGCAGUCGUCAGUUUUCCGGCGGGUACUUCCGAUCGUCGCGCAGGACUACGAGCACGGACAUUGAUGAUAGGAGCGAUGCCGACGAUAGUUAUGCCUCUCUCUCGGAAAGCGGGUUCGAUGACGGUGGCAUGACUGUUCGACCCGGACCAACAGCCGCCUCCGGGCAACAGAGAGGCACGACGAGAGUCAAUAUCGCGAGUCGGCUUUCCGUAGGCCCGGGCGGGAAACCGAUGCUCGAUUUCCCCAUCCCGCGGGGUCCUGACUUGGAGUCGUUGUUGAGAUAUGGAGGGGUCGUUGAGGGUGAAGGGGAAAGGGAUGCAGAAAUAGUGAGCAGGUACGCCGAUGCUUUGUGGAAGGGGGCGAAGGAGAUGACGGAGGGAUUGAGGGCGAGUAGGAGUUUGUUGAGGAGUAUGCGGUUGGCGGAGAUGGAGGUUGGGGCCGAGGAGGAGGAGGAGGAGUAGAGAGGUGCAAGAAGAGAAAAAGAUUUGGGGAAGGGUUGGUGUAUGCCGGGGCGGUUGGCGUGGAGUUGAGAUGAAGUUUGCGGGAGGGUGUGUGGGACUUUGCAAGGGUUUUGCUUUGUGUCUUUCUCCAUGUUCUGUGGUUUAUUGGGAUACCCCAGUUAUGGCGUGC